AUGCUGCCGCCGCCGCUUCAUCUCCGGCGGCUCCCUGGGGUGACGUCGGCCGCCGGUCGGUACGGGAACCACGUGACCCCGUCGCAGGAGAGGCGCCGCGCCGCCCCGCCGCAGGAAAAGCGUGGCACUUCGGACUCCUCCCAGCUCCCGGAACGGAAGCGACACUGGAAGGCGGGGGAGUUCCCGGUGGCCACUGCGAAUAGGGACGGCGGCCGGCAGCCCCUGGGGCAAGGCAGGAGGCACUGGAAGGAGAGGGAGUUUCCGGGCACGGGCGACGACCGCCGCCCGGCCCCGCCGCUGCCGCCGCAAGAGAAGCGGCACUGGAAGGCGGGGGAGUUUCCGGGGAUAUCCACUGGCCCCGAUUCGAAAGCGUCCAGGACUCCCCUCAAGAACGUCAAGAAGCGGCUGGACGCCCGCGCGGACGCCAAGGCAUGGGCGUGUACCAUCACCGAGGCCCUCGCCGACCGCAUCAACUCCAAGAGCUGGCAAGAAGCGCUCCAGGUGUUCGAGAUGCUCAAGGAGCAGCCCUUCUACCAUCCCAAGGAGGGCACCUACAUGAAGCUCAUUGUGCUGCUUGGUAGAUCAGGCCAGCCCACCGAGGCACGCCAACUCUUUGAUGAGAUGCUGCAACAAGGAUGCCAACCCACCCCUGAGCUCUAUACCGCCUUGAUUGGGGCCUACUGCCGUAGCAGCCUACUGCUUGAGGCGCUCCAGCUACUCACUGACAUGAAGGCCUCGCCGCUGUGCCAGCCUGACGUCUACACCUACAGCACCAUCAUCAAGGCCUGCGUCGAUGCCGCCAGAUUUGACCUCGUAGAUGUUAUGUACAAAGACAUGGCUGAGCGGUCUAUAGCACCCAAUACUGUGACACAGAAUAUUAUCCUCAGCGGCUAUGGGAAGUCUGGACGGUUGGAUGACAUGGAGAAAGUGCUCUCUGACAUGCUUAAUAGCACAACCUGCAAACUAGAUGUCUGGACCAUAAACAUCAUCUUAAGCCUGUUUGGAAACAGGGGUCAGGUCGAAUCAAUGGAAAAAUGGUAUGAGAAGUUCCGAAGCUAUAGGAUGGAACCAUGA